AUGUCUUCAUAUAUGGAGCCUAGUCACUCUGCUUUGCACCCUUCUGGGUCGAUGGACAAAUUGGAGAUAGUCAAAGACGAUGAGCCAAAGCCCGAAGAUCCGUUCGGGGACGAGAGCCAGGCUGGCGUGAGGUACAAGACCAUGGCUUGGUGGCAAGCUGGCAUGAUUAUGAUCGCCGAGACCAUCUCCCUUGGGAUUCUAGCGCUUCCAAAAGCCCUCGCGACCUUAGGGCUCGUUCCUGGCAUCAUCGCCAUCGUCGCCAUCGGAAUCAUCUCCACCUACACGGGCUACACCAUCGGACAGUUCAAAUGCCGAUAUGUGCAGGUCCACAGCAUGGCCGACGCCGGCGAGAUCCUCAUGGGACGCUUUGGACGGUCUACCCUGGAUGCCGCGCAGAUUGUCUUCUUCAUGUUGGUGAUGGGUAGCCACAUCCUCACUUUCUCUAUCAUGAUGAACGUCUUGAGUGACCACUCCGCCUGUACUAUCAUCUUCUCUUUCCUCGGUCUAUUCGCCUCGUUCAUACUCACUCUGCCCCGGCGCUUGGAGCGACUGUCUCAUAUAUCGUCCGUGAGCUUUGUCAGUAUCACUGGAGCAGUGAUGACUGGCAUGAUUGGCAUCGCUCUUGCGAAUAAAGGACCAACCCAUGUUCCAGCGUUUUCGCCAGGUCCAAAGGUGCAUGAGGUAUGUCUUGCCAUCGCCAACAUCGUCUUUGCCUACGCAGGCCAUGUGGCUUUCUUCACCCUAUUCUCGGAGCUGAGGGAGCUCAAGGACUUUCCUCGAGCGCUGGCACUUCUUCAAAUGAGCGAAAUGGUCUUGUAUACCGUUGCGGCGAUUGUGAUAUAUGCAUAUGUGGGGCCGACAGUGAACUCGCCUGCCCUCAAUUCUGCAGGGGCUUUGAUUCGGAAGGUUUCUUAUGCCAUCGCUAUGCCGACGAUUGUGAUCGGUGGUGUGGUCAACGCUCACGUCGCCGUCAAGUUCAUAUAUGUUCGGGUUUUCCGAGGAACCAACUCUAUACAUAGUGGGUCCUUCACUGCAAGAGCUACCUGGGCUCUGAUCUCCGCAGUGCUUUGGAUUUUGUCGUGGGUUAUUGCUGAGAGCAUCCCGGUAUUCAACGAUGUCUUAGGGCUUGCGAGCUCCCUAUUCGCCAGCUGGUUCUCUUUCGGCCUCCCGGGCCUCUUCUGGCUAUACCUCAACCGGACCUGUUGGUUCAUGAGCUGGCAACAGUGCUGUUUGUUCUGCGUCAACAUUCUUUUGGUGUUUCUUGGAUUUCUCAUCUGCAUUGUCGGGUUGUAUUCGUCCAUUCGGUCGAUCUUCCACAACCUUCGUGAGGGCGUUGGGGGAGGCAGCUUCUCGUGUGCGGACAAUUCUCUCCACUGA